ACGCUCGCGCCUUUCCAUUGAGGCGGCGGACGCCGGACCAUUGGGGGGCAGCUUGCCAUUUCCUUUUUUUAUUAAAAUUAUUUUUUCUGCUUAUUGUUGGGGAUUUUUUGUUUUGUUUUCGAUUUUUUUCAAUUUUUUUUUUUUUCCGCUGAGAACAACCUACUGAAGGCGUUUGUGUGGCAUUCCGGGAUUCAGGAGCGGAGACCACUGAGGCAGCUCGCCGGCCGGGCCCCGCAACAGACAAAAGGAGUCCAGUGUUCCUCGAAGCCUCUGAGUCCUCCCGGUGCCCAGCAUGAAGAAAGCCGAAGUGGGAAGGUUCAACAUUUCCCCGGAUGAGGACAGCAGCAGCUACAGUUCCAACAGUGACUUCAACUACUCCUACCCCACCAAGCAAGCUGCUCUGAAAAGCCAUUAUGUAGAUGUAGAUCCUGAAAACCAGAACUUUUUACUUGAAUCGAAUUUGGGGAAAAAGAAGUAUGAAACAGACUUCCAUCCAGGUACUACUUCCUUUGGAAUGUCAGUAUUUAAUCUGAGCAAUGCGAUUGUGGGCAGUGGAAUCCUUGGGCUUUCUUAUGCCAUGGCUAAUACUGGAAUUGCUCUUUUUAUAAUUCUCUUGACAUUUGUGUCAAUAUUUUCCCUGUAUUCUGUUCAUCUCCUUUUGAAGACUGCCAAUGAAGGAGGGUCUUUAUUAUACGAACAAUUGGGACAAAAAGCAUUUGGAUUGGUUGGAAAGCUUGCAGCCUCUGGAUCAAUUACAAUGCAGAACAUUGGAGCUAUGUCAAGCUACCUCUUCAUAGUGAAAUAUGAGUUACCUUUGGUGAUCAAGGCAUUACUGAACAUUGAAGAUACAACUGGACUGUGGUAUCUGAACGGCGACUAUUUGGUCCUGCUGGUGUCAUUGGUGCUCAUUCUUCCUUUGUCACUGCUGAGAAAUUUAGGAUAUUUGGGAUAUACCAGUGGCUUUUCCUUGUUAUGUAUGCUGUUCUUUCUGAUUGUGGUGAUUUGCAAGAAAUUUGAGAUUGCUUGUCCUUUUGAAGAUUAUUCAUUGAUUAGUGAGGCAGUGAAUAUGACCUUCAUACAGCCAACAGCUUUAGUACCUCAUAUGGCAUUUAACAUGACUGAUGAUUCUUGCAGACCACAUUAUUUUACCUUCAACUCACAGACCGUCUAUGCUGUGCCAAUUCUGACCUUUUCAUUUGUCUGUCAUCCUGCUAUUCUUCCCAUUUAUGAAGAGCUGAAAGACCGCAGCCGUAGGAGAAUGAUGAAUGUAUCCAAGAUUUCAUUUUUUGCUAUGUUUCUCAUGUACCUGCUUGCUGCCCUCUUCGGAUACUUGACAUUUUAUGAAAACGUUGAGUCAGAAUUGCUUCACACCUACUCUAAUGUCAUGGGAGCUGAUAUCCUCCUUCUCAUUGUCCGUUUGGCUGUGUUAGUGGCCGUCACCCUGACAGUUCCAGUCGUUAUUUUCCCAAUCCGGGGUUCCAUAACUCACUUAUUUUGCUCAACAAAAGAUUUCAGCUGGUGGCGUCAUAGUCUCAUUACAAUAUCCAUCUUGGCAUUUACCAAUUUGCUUGUCAUUUUUGUCCCGACUAUUAGAGAUAUCUUUGGUUUCAUUGGUGCAUCUGCAGCUGCUAUGUUGAUUUUUAUUCUUCCAUCUGCCUUCUAUAUCAAGUUAGUUAAGAAAGAAACUAUGAAAUCUGUACAAAAGAUUGGGGCUUUGCUCUUCCUGUUAAGUGGUGUAGUGGUGAUGAUCGGAAGCAUGGCCUUGAUUAUUCUGGAUUGGGUACACAAUGCCAAGGAAGGUGGCCAUUAACUGCCACCACUAAAACUUCAAUAAUCCAUUUGAUGCCAGUGUUGAGUCAACUCUCAGCUACUAUGAAAUUUCACCUAAUGUUUUCAGUUUCACUUCCUUUUGAAGUGCAGAUUCCUCACUGGUUCUUCUGAGUGCAGAAUAAGGGAACUCUUUUUGGUUUUUUUUGUUUUUUUUUUUUUAAAGGAACUAUUCUGUAUGAUAGAAAUGGACAUUAACAACAAAACCACGAGUCUCGGGUUAAUGGAAGUGACAAUUUUAUUCCAUUCCAGAGAAUGGACGAACUCUUUUAUCAAGCCACAUGUUUGGCUGUGUCAUUGUUUAACUUGGAUAUUUUAUGGUUUUACUUGAAUGUGCCUAAUGGAACCAUUUGAUGUGAGAAACAAUUCUUAAUUUACAGCAAAGUAUUGAAAUAACCAUUGAGAAAAACACUAUUAUUUUUUGUACCAAAAAUACUGAAAGACCUCAGAAGUACUAUUUUACUUUUAAAAGAUGCUUUUUUUGAACAUUGUCCAAAAAUGGUUGUCAAUAAAUUCCAUAAAAAAAUUUUCAUUGGUGUUUAAAAACAAAUAUGAGUAUUAUGAAAUGAAUUGCCUUUUUGUAGGCAUAAUAAGCCAAAUACUUUUUUUAUCCAAAAUGAUUUUUAGACAAAAUGAUGUAAUGACUAAUUGUACUAUGAGUAGGAGCAUAGUUUUUUUUCCAUUCAAACUUCACCCUUCAAGGAUAAUUGACGGCUUAUUGUUAUACCAAAUCAGAUGAACUCUGUUCAUCGUUUUUCUUCUGUGUUCCCAAAUAAUUUAGUUCAUUCAGACAAAUAUUUAUGGCUUCAGUCUAUUAGAGCAGAAGAUUAUACAGAUAUUUCUGUGGAAAGUAAAGUAACUAAUUUUGAGGUACCAAAUAGUGCAAUUGGGUAAAACAGGGUUUAUUCAGUUGCAUCUGUUUCCAGAGCUGGAUUGACAGCUCUGGUGUUUUUGGGCCAGCCCUUUUUUGACAUUGCUUCCAGCAGUGGAAAAUGGGCAUUUGGUGGCUAUGUAAGCCAAAACUAUUCUAUCUAGAGUACGACUUUUCAAAAUGCUCAUCUGCUACUGGAGGUGUGAAUUACUUGAUACUAUAUGGCUUAGUCGUGUUCAUGUUUUGUCUACAGUAGAGGUCUGAUCCACAGGUUACACCGGUAUUUGGGAUAAUACUAAGUUCUCUUCAUAUAGGCCACUGGGUUUCUCAUGCAGUAAGGUUUUUUUAAAAACUUACUUGCACUGAAUUGUCAUCUCAUUCUUGUACAACAUAGAAUUAUUUGUUUACAUCCAACAAAUGGUUAGCUAGGGAAAACAGUGCAACCUGAGUGUAAGUAGUUGGUCCAACUGCAUGUUCACCCUUCCAUGUAAAUUGCAGUUAGAACUGAAAAAAUUACUUGGCUUUUAAGAGCACAUUUAUUGUACGUUAUGGUGUAUGGUGAAUAUAUUAUUAAAUAAUGUGGUACUUUGUUCAUUAGGCAUAAUGUCCAAAAUCUAAUACAUAAUUCCAUUAGUGGUUGAGGGAAGCAAAUAAUGAAAUCAUCAGUUGGUCAUCUGGCUGUUAAAGGUUUUCUCUUGAACUAAACAUUUUUAGUUCUAGGCAAGGGCCAGAAAUGUGGCGGACAUGGUUUUUGUUACGCAUUCUUGUAUUAUAUGUGACUAGUUUAUAGACCAGGUAUGUCUUUCUGUACUUAAAGACCCUUGUGGAACUGGAAGACGUCUUGUAGUGCUACAUUGGUGAAACCAAUGGUCUAUUUUUGUUUGUUUCUACAAAAAUAAAGUAAUUGGGGACCAUCUAGAAAGGCAGUGAGAAGGUGGAUUCUACAGCACUGCUUUCAUUUAAUUGGGCUUUUGGUACUCCCUUCGAAUCCAGAACCUCACCUCUAGUUCAGACCAAGAAUUGGCACUUCUGCUUGAGUUCCUGGAAGAAUUGCUGAUUUUGUAUCUAAGGUCUAUCAGAGAAUACCAAGUAAAGAGCCAUUUUCUACAGUUUACAUCCUUCCACGUGGGAGGAAAUACCCUGUCAACCAGGAAAGAAUGGAAAAAAGUCCUUACAGCAAAUUGAUGUGGGGGGCUCAUCUAAUUUUCAUUGGCUGUUUGAGGUUCAAAAUCAGCUGCCUAGGGUAAAUUCCAUUGCAUGAUUUUCUUGGAGCUAGCUUGUCUGUCUUGAGGUUCCUGAACAGUGAAUUCCCAUUAAUAAGCAGUCUUCAGUAUUAAAACCACUGUCUUGUCACCUCAUUUUGCAUUACUGUCUUCCGUGGAUGUUUCAGUUAUAACUGUAAUGUUAUUUAUAGAACAGCAUUAAUCCAUUAAAGCUAACCUAUUUUUCAAUAUUUAUGAUAAUCUAUGUAUAUACAUUGUCUGUCCAUAUGUAUUUGUAAAUAGGUUGUAUAUAAUUCCAUAGGUCAGGUUUGGGUCUUGGGUUCAAGUGUAUAUAUUCCUGUAACUUUCUUAACUGCAUUUUGAUGAAUUCACAUUAUGUAUAUCUAAGAAUUGUCCCAAAAUUACCUGUACAGAGAUGUCAAUAUAAACAAAUUGAUAAAUUGUGUAAACACUAAAAAUUUUAAAUAUUGUUUAAAUUGUAUUUGCAAUAAACAGACUGGUUGACCAUUACAUUUUUUUUUUCCAUGAAAACUUGGUGCAAGUUCAGCUCUCUUAUUUAAAUUUUAAAAAGGUCUAAAUUUUCAAAAUGCAGUAAUCAAAAUGUGAUCUAGUGUAAUUAGGUACGUGCCCUUGGCAGGAAUCGAACCCGGGACCCUUCAGUUCACGGGCCGAUGCUCUAACCACUGAGCCAUACCGGCUAGGGCUAUUGUUCUGAAAUCAAAUGUGAUCUAGUGUAAGGAAAGACCUUUGAGAACCUAGGUGUGUUACUCUUAUGUAUAUAAUGUAAAAAUCCCCCCUGUACUGUUAGAGGCCAACAAUUCCAGUAUGACUUGUUGGCAGAGAGUGCUACACCGUUUCAAUGAAACAAUGUAUGUUUUAACUGAACUAAAAUAAAUACAUGCUUAAUCCUGA